AUGAUCAACUACGUUCUCGCUGGUUGUCUUCUGGUCUGUAUUGCCGUGUCCUACACGAGAGCUCAAUUCGAGAUCGUGGACACCUCGUUGGCGUUGGGCGACGCGAUCAAGUCGACUGUGAGAGAUCUCCGUAAGACUGACGGAGUUUUUCUGCGGACGUACUUCGGCGACGGCUGCCUGAAUUCCGGUUGCUGCAACGUCGGAUUCAAGCAGACGUACUACACCGAAGAAUGCCCGUUGUGGAGCUGGUUGAAGUGGAGCUCGAGUGGUCCAUUGUUGGUCGCUCAUAAGUGGAUGACCGAAAAAUGUCUCGAGUGCAGAUACGGUGGACCGAACUGCAGGGUCGGCACAGCCUCCUGCACCGGAGACCACAAACAGAAAUGGCACUUGGGCUUCCACACGAACAGGACGACGGCCUACGGGGACGUGCUAUUCACAAUCCAGAAUCGCCAGUACCCUGACAGAUGUGUGACAAUCGACUCUGAUUAUGGAUUGGUGCUGCGGGAUUGCAGUAGAGGUCCGACCGUUCUCCAGCUCUACUACGUGGACUCGGACCAAUUGCAGACCGCGAUGUCGGCGUAUCAAAUGGUGGACGCUGGCCGCAGCCGCGUCAGUUCGAUGCCCGGUCGCGAUCGACUCGAAUAA